GCUUCAGUGAGCCAUGGGGGCAGCACCAGAAGGUGAAAAUCCACUGCAGUUGCCUAAAAAGCUGCAAGUUGUCGUGGAGGUGCCAAAGAAUGUGCGCCCAGGGGUCACAAAGUUAGCUGUUGAUGUAGAUGAAGAAUCGGAACUUCACAUUUUGGUCCCAGUGGAGGCAGCUGUCGGAGACCGGUUGCGCAUAAGCAAGGAAGAGGGAGGGCCUUGGACAUGCGUCAUCCUAAAGAACCAGCCCCUCUAUGACAUGACCAACCGACAGCUGAGUUCACCAGGUGGUGACACCGGCAAAUUACAACUCUUGGUUCCGGCUACCAUUAAGCCUGGGGAGACCAAGUUGCAAGUCUCCAUUUCGGAUUCGGAGCAGGUGCAGCUGUCCGUUCCAGAAAAUGCCAGUCCGGGUGAUCUCGUGGAGUUGGUGAGAUCAGCAGAGACAUGGACGGCCAAGUUCACCCGCGACCGCUACUCUGUGGCCUCGGAUCCAAAAAACAACUUGGCAGUAAUGGCGGACCUAGCCAAAACAUCCAGUCAAGCUGGCUUGGACGCAGAGGCUGCCGCGGAGAACCUAAUUGCAGUUGCCAAAGAAGCAGGCUGCUUCGUAAGCCCGAAGAUAAAGCGAGGUUGCGUACCACCUUUGAACAUUCCGGGCUUGGUGGCUGUGGAAGCAAUUGAAGAGGGGGAGGAACUCAUUCGAGUGCCAAGCAAAUUUCACAUCACGCCACCGGCAGUGGAAAGAGCUGCUCCAGUACUUGCAGAAGCUGCCAAAGCGAGUUCGUUGCCAGAGCAGCGCCGCUUGGAGGCCUUGCAUGCCUUUUUUGUGGCGCGUCUCCUUGCUGACUCCCAGGAGCGUGCCGUCUCCAGCGAGAAGGCUUCAAAUUCCAAUGCUUUCAACCGAUGGACAGCAACGGAGGAUCAAAAAAAGGUUUGGGAAGCCUAUGCAGAUACCCUGCUGACGGAGGAUUUUUCCUACCAUCCAUUCCGCUUGGCUGCUUGUAGCCCUGAGGAAAUGCGUGGUCAUUUAAGCCCCUCCCAGGAGGCAGAGUACUACAUUGACAUGGCCUCCGACCUUAUGUCCCUGCAUGACACCAUGCUGCGGAUUGCCUGGCUUGUAUUGGAGGAUAUUGGAUGA